AUGGUGAAAAAAAAAAAAUCAAAUACUACAACAAAGAGUUUGAAAAAAGUAUACGGAGAAGGCAAAUGUGUUAAGACAAACAUUUGUAUUAUAAAUGGAAAAUGUCAACAUAAAUGUUGGGAAAAAUUCACUGAGAAUGACAGAAAAUAUAUAUUUGACACAUUUUGGAGUUUAGGUAAUAAACCAAGGCAACGAAAUUACUUAGUGAAAUGUGUAGGUAAAGUACCAAUAAAAAGGAAACAAAACCUAAUAAGUAGGCGUUCAAUUUCAUAUAAAUAUUUCUUAUCUUUCAAAUCUGAAAAGAAGCAAGUAUGUCAACAAUUCUUAUUGACUACUUUAGAUAUAUCACAAAAAUUUCUACUUUACACUAUCAAAAAUUCGAAACUAGUAAGUUCAGAAGAAAAUAAAAAUCAUGGUAAAAUCGUUUCUAAAAGUAAAUUUUAUGAUUCAGCACAAUAUGAUGAUUUACAAGAAGAAAAAACUGUAAAUCCUAAUGGUCCCAUAGAAACAAUAAAUGGUAAUAGUUUAUGUGCAGAUGUAAGCCAUGUAUCAAAUGAUUGUUUACCACUCACAAAAAAAAAUCAUAAUAUUAAUGAAGUUAAAUCAUUUGUCAGUAAAAAUGAAAGUUAUCUUGAUGUUGAAGAGUCAAAGAAUAAUACCCAAUCUAAAAUACAUAAGCUACCUACAGUUGAUAAAAAUAUAACUGACAUUUUUGGAGCCAAUUCUGAGAUAAAUAAUGCUUGUAAGAUGACUAUAUUCAAAAAUCUAUUUCAAAAUUCAGCUAUUUUUAAAGUUUACCAAUUUAUCAACAAAUUACCAGCAUUAUCGUCUCGUUAUUGUAGUGCUUCUUCCAACAAGAAAUAUUUGCCAACAGAGAUUGCGAAUAUUAUUCAGCUCUAUGAUUUAUAUAAAGAUUACUGUAAAAUAAAUGGAGAUGAACCAGUAUCUAAAUAUAGUUUUGAAAAUAUAAUUAAAAAACAAAGUCACUUGGGAUUUCAUGUACCAAAAAGAAAGAAGUGUAAUUUAUGUGUUUCAUUUAAAAAUACGAAUAGUCCCAACUGUGAACAAGAAAUUCAAAAAUCACAUAAUAUGAGAGAUGAGGAUGAAUGUAAAGCUUUAGUAACUAGUCAUCAACAAAUAACUGAUCCCAGUACGGUAUGUGCAAGUUUUGAUAUUCAAAAUGUCUUAAGCACGCCAAUAGGGUACAAUAAGAAAUUGUAUUACAGCCGAAAAUUUGGUACGUCCAAUUUAGUUGUCUUCGAAAAUAUUACACAAAAUGCAUUUUGUUAUCUAUGGGGAGAAACUACUGGAAAUAGAGGUAGUAACGAAAUUGUGUCUUGCAUACAGGAUUAUUUGAUCAAAGUUGACCAAAGAAAAUCUGUGACGUCUGUUAUAUUGCUUUGUCGCUCUAGUGCUAGACGAAACAAAAAUAAAGCAAUGCUGGCGAUGAUGUAUCAUGCACUAGAGUGUAAACUUAAUUUUAUAAAAGAAAUUAAGUUGGUUUUUCUACUUCCUGGUCAACCUUGUAUGCCUGUAGAAUCCUUGAUUGCUACUAUUGAUCAUUUUAUUAAAAAUAAGACUGUAUGGGCACCUAGCGAAUGGCCAACAUUGAUUAGAAAUGCCAACUACACAAAUCCAAGGCCACUAGAAAUAGUUGAAAUGAAAUCUUCUGAUUUUUUGGAGUGGACAUGUUUUUCAAGUUCAAUUUUUCCAAAUCAUUUGAAAACAGAUGGAGGUGAAAAAAUUUCAAUUUCUAAAUUAAGAUAUGUAUUGUUCCAAAAAGAGGAAAAUAAAAUAAAUUUGUUAACUUUUAAUUCAUACACAAAUGUUUACCCUGAAAAAUUAGUGAUGAUCAAAAAGAGAAGAAAUUCAAAAAUACCUUGCUAUACAGAAAAUAUUGGUAUUUCAAAUGCCAAAUUCAAUAACUUAACUAAAUUAUGCAAGGAUGGUAUAAUUCCUGAAAAAUUUCAUAAAGAAUACUUAGAUAUGAAACCAGACAAAAAUGUAAAAGAUUGUCUUCAUCAAACUGAUGUCGAAGAUGAAGAAUCAGAAGACGAAAAAUCUUUUAUAGGUUAG